AGGACGGCUUCACUCUGAGCUUCGACUGCAGACCGGUCAACAUGUCUUCGGGCUGGUCAGGGAACGACCACAGGAGUUACACGAACCUCCCCGCAGGUGGAGUGAAGCGACCGAGAGCGGAGUCCAUGAACAGGGUGACUGUGGUUCUCGGCGCUCAGUGGGGAGACGAAGGCAAAGGGAAAGUGGUCGAUUUACUGGCUACGGAGUCUGACAUCGUCUGCAGAUGCCAGGGGGGAAACAAUGCAGGCCACACAGUGGUGGUGGAAGGGACAGAGUAUGACUUCCAUCUCCUUCCUAGUGGCAUCAUCAAUACCAAAUGCAUCUCGCUCAUUGGUAAUGGCGUAGUCAUUCACCUUCCUGGCCUGUUUGAAGAGAUUGACAAAAAUGAGAAAAAAGGCUUGAAAGGAUGGGAGAAAAGACUCAUCAUUUCUGAUAGAGCUCACAUAGUGUUUGACUUCCAUCAGGCUGUGGAUGGAAUGCAAGAAGUCCAGAGACAAGCACAGGAAGGCAAAAACAUAGGAACAACCAAGAAAGGCAUUGGACCUGCUUACUCCUGCAAGGCCUCUCGCACUGGACUUCGCAUCUGUGACCUGCUGGCAGAUUUCAAAGAGUUUUCUGCCAGGUUCAAAAACCUUGCACAGCAGUUCCAGUCCAUGUACCCAGCUCUUAAAAUCGAUAUUGACGGUGAGCUGAAAAAACUGAAGGACUAUGCAGACAGAAUAAGACCCAUGGUGAGGGACGGUGUAUAUUUCAUGUAUGAUGCAAUUAAUGGACCCCCGAAGAAGAUCCUUGUAGAGGGUGCAAAUGCUGCCCUCCUAGACAUUGACUUUGGAACUUAUCCAUUUGUGACAUCAUCCAACUGCACCGUUGGUGGAGUGUGUACUGGGCUUGGCAUCCCCCCCACAAACAUUGGAGAUGUGUAUGGAGUGUCGAAAGCCUACACGACUAGAGUGGGCAUUGGGGCCUUCCCAACAGAACAGCUCAAUGCUAUAGGGGAGCUGUUACAGACACGAGGUCAUGAAGUGGGUGUUACCACUGGGAGGAAGAGACGCUGUGGUUGGCUAGACUUGGUCAUCCUCAGAUAUGCGCACAUGAUCAAUGGAUUCACAGCUAUUGCUUUAACUAAGCUGGACAUCCUUGAUGUACUUGAUGAGAUUAAAGUGGGUGUUGCCUACAAACUGAAUGGCAAAAGAAUUCCCCAUUUCCCAGCUAACAUGGAGGUCCUACAGAAAGUCGAAGUAGAGUAUGAGACUUUCCCUGGCUGGAAAACUGACACCUCAGCAGCCAGGAAAUGGAAUGACCUCCCUCCCAAAGCCCAGAAUUACAUCCGCUUUGUGGAGAACCACAUUGGUGUUCCUAUUAAGUGGGUGGGCGUUGGCAAGUCUAGAGAAUGCAUGAUACAGAUGUUCUAGAGUGUCUGCCUCCACUGACAUCAAGAACAUCUAUCAACGUGCAUCACCUCUCAGGAAAAUUGCUGGCCAUCUCACUAAUGUCACAGCCACAGGACUGGCAUUCACAAAUGCUCUGUGUAGACAUGAGACUUACGGUUGAGCAUCAGAACAGUGAGAUUUUGUCUAAGUAGUUGACAUUAAUUGACUGAGUUGACAUGUUUGACAAGUAAGCUUUCACUUGAUAAUACACCUUUCUCUUGAUAAGGGUUAAGCUAUCUGACCUCUAAUAGGGGGUUGUGUCCAGGCAUUAUUUUAUUCAAAUAUUGUGCAAUUUUUUUCUUCUUGGAUCAAAGUGAAGGCCGUUUACACAUUAAAUACUUGCGGGUAUGUGUGUCUGUGUAACUGUGUGUGUGUGUGUGUGUGUGUGUAAGAGGCUUGGUGCGGAAUAUCAAACUAUUAAAAACUGCAGUAUUGUCCACCUCUUCUGAAAAUCUUUGAGCUAGAGAUACUGUUGACCCUGUUUCAUGAAAUUUUGCAGUGGUGAUCAUGUGACAUCAUACUGGUUUUCAUUUGCAUUUCAUAUAAAGUUAAACUACUGACGAUUUGUUGUGUUGUAUCAUGUCAGCUCUGACUUUUGUGAAUCACAUUUACUCCCCUUUGAGUGCUACUGCAUGAAAUGGCUUAGUUAAGAGAACAUAAUACGAGAUCAUGUAUGCUGCCUGUUCUAGUUUUUCUUCAUUCAUUUUCCUGACAUUGUUGCUCUUGAAUAAAAGUUUUUUCAGUUUUGUUUCAUAUCAGAUUUUAGGUUAGACAGGACAUCAGUGACGCUGCCUCAGAAAUAGAUACUGACAGAACAUUCUGUUCCGCUGUCCUUUGCCAAGAUUAUCUGAGCUGGUCUGCCACUGGCCCUAAGGAUGGCAGUAAAACACCAGACGCAACUUAAGUCUCUGCCGUCUGAUCAACAGCAACAAGGUGACCCAAAAUAGUGCCACUCGCAGGGAAUCUUGUUUGGAGCAAAGCACAGGAAGAAAUGGAAGAGUCUUACAAAGGUUUCCCCUGGUUUAACAUCGGUGAUUGCAGUCUAAUAAAUCCAGGUCAGGUGUCAGGGGUGAUACUUGCUCACGGUUAAGGAAUCGUUUGAUAAUUACCCUAUGCAGCUUUUCAAAGCAGCAAGAAAUUUGUGCCAUGCAGUUUAAAACGUUACAAAAAUGAAAAAGUCCAGUGUCCAGUAACAAUGGCGUACAUAGGCGACACCAGGUAGUGCAAAUAGAGAAAAAUGCACUCCAUUUGCACCACAGAUCUGUAAGUCAUGUCUUAGGUCGUAACGACUAGCUUAACUAAUGCACAUGUCGCUUUAACGUGACGGUGACAUCAGAAAGCCCCGCCAUGGAAACGUGACGGCAGCCUGCUGUGACUUUAAGUGAAGUAACCAGCACAGGAGAGAGCAAUGUGUACAAGUUAAACUGAAUAAACUAAUUAUCUACA